ACUUUUGCCAAUCACGCGGUACGAUGGCGUGGAAGGACCCCGUCGAGAGGUUCCUAGAUCUCCUGCGUCUGCGCACUGUCAGCGCGGAAGGACCAAGUGGCAGCUAUAACGAGUGUGCGCAGUGGCUUCGUGAAUACCUGGAGGAGCUUAACCUUCCAGUGCAGGUUUUCUCGCCCGUUGAGAACAAGCCGAUCGUUCUCGUAUGUGUGUCACCGUUCCAGAGGUCAGUGCUUUUUGUUUAACGAUGUAUUAAAUUGAUGUAGGCAACAUGGGAAGGCGAAGAUCCGACGCUUCCAGGGAUCAUUCUGAACUCUCAUUAUGACGUGGUGCCGGCGAUGGCCGAGCACUGGCAGUACGACCCUUUCGAUGUAAGUUUUUGACUUCCCAAUGCUGUAAAGCUGACUAAUUCGAUGGUUUGUUUUACUUCGUUCACUUUUGCCUACAUAGGCAAAAGUGUUGGCGGACGGGCGUAUUUACGGGCGAGGAGCUCAGGAUAUGAAGUGUGUGUGUAUUCAGUACGUGGAAGCAGUGCACACUCUCAUGUCCUCGGGAUUUAAGCCCAAGCGCAACAUUUACCUGCUAUUUGUCCCGGACGAAGAAAUUGGAGGUGCCGAGGGAAUGGCUAAUUUUCUAGAAACCGAGCAGUUCAAGACCAUCAUGCCCGUUGCUUUCGCAUUUGACGAGGGACUGGCUAACCCGGGCGAUGCGUUCACCGUCUUCUACGGCGAACGAUCUCCGUGGUGGGUGUACGUUAAGGCCGAGGGGCCGACCGGUCACGGCAGUCGAUUUAUCAAGGACACAGCGACUAUGAAGAUCAUAGGCAUUUGCAACAAGGCACUGACAUUCCGUGACGAACAGGAGAAGGCACUUGGGGCGGAUAGCGGAUGUAAACACGGCGAUAUGAAGAAGAAAAAGCUUGGAGACGUCACGACGAUCAACAUUACUGCGCUGCAGAGUGGAGUUUCCCAGGAUGGUGGUAAAACGCACGCUCUCAAUGUGAUCCCGACAGAAGCGAUCACUGGUUUUGACAUUCGCGUGUCGCCCGGGAUGGAUAUGGAGGCUAUGAAGGCGAAACUGGACGAAUGGUGUGCUGCCGAGGGGGUUUCCUGGGAGUUUGCCCCGUGGACGGAUCCGCUGCACGACCACUACGUCACUUCACUUGAUGCUGACAACGUCUGGUGGCAGCUUUUUCAAAAGGCUUGUGCUCAGAUUGGUGAAACGUUGGAGACGGAGAUUUUCCCAGCAGCAACUGACAGUCGCUUUCUGCGCAAGGUGGGUGUUCCAGCUAUCGGCUUCUCGCCUAUGAAGCGAACCGAGAUUCUGCUACACGAACACAAUGAGUGCCUCUCCAAGGAUACGUUCCUGCAUGGUAUUAGCGUUUACGUCAGUGUGUUCCAAGAAAUGUUUGCCUACAAGUAAUGCGAUGUGCCUGAAAGACGACUGCCAUAUUGAGCAUCGUAUUUGGAAGCUGCCUAGAUUCAAUUCGAAAAUUCUUGUACUUCAGACAAAGUGAAAUUUACUCGAUUCCAUCGAGGAUGUAAUUUCCGAGACGAUAAAGCGUUCAUUCUCACUAUUCUUCGAAUCCGAUAGCAUCGUGCAAAGCCACCACUUAGUAUGGGCGAGGGGGUUGCUGUAAACACCUUUACCGCUGCAUUGGUGCAAACUGGAACGUCUUUGACUCCGAAGGAUCUGUUAGAGCGGUAUCCUUUCACUCCGUCGUCGACGAGUAGUACGCUGAUAGCUAGAAAUCUUCAACAAUUUUGCGAAGAGAAAGCUGAUGGGCAGUUCACAUGAUGACAUGUAAGUUCUGCUCGCUGAAGCAGAAUCGGUUGUACGACUUUCGACUUGAAUCUGAAGAGGAGGCUGAGCUGGCAGCAAACGGUGAAAGUUGCACCACGUUUUUCGAGCUUCGGAAGCGUGUUUGUGACGUCGUUUGCACGCAUGGCAUCGCGCUUUGAGUCACUUCAAGAAACCUUCUUGUAGAAUUGGACGAUAGCUAUCUGAUUCCUGUACUACGCUCGAUAUUGGAGGGAUGUCUUACCAAAUGUGUUGACAUUUCAGCGUAUGCAUAAGAAGCCAAGAUGAGGUUAUCAAAUCUGUAAAAGAUGUGGGAGACGGAGGAAUUGAAGGUAGAGUGGCACGUCUGAACAGCAAAGCAGAGAACAAGGUUUUGUUUUGUUUUGAAGAUAAGCUCGAUCUUUACAUGUUCACAUGCUGGAGCAUUCUACUUCUUCUUAAGAGAAGCGAGAUACAUUCCCAAUGACUUCUGCACCUUGUCGGUCUGUGCAAAGUCAGUAAAAGCUUCCAGAUCCUUCUCACGGAUGGCAAUCAGUCGGUCCGCAGUCUCCUGACGCAUCAGUUGCUUGGUCUUCACGCGCGCCAUAUCUAAAGUGUCAUACGGCAUUAGCAUGCAUAUCUUUCUGAACUAGCCUUAAAGUCAGUGUAACAUACCCGGAAUGGCGAGCCACUUGCCCAUCGCAGUCUCAGCACGCGGGAAAACCUCCUCCAGCGCCACAGCCUCGUCCACCAAGCCGAUUGACUUCGCCUUGGUUGCAUCCACCUGCAGUCCGAGUCCCAGCAUCUUCUCGGCCUCACGGUGGCCAAUAGUAUUGACAAACGUGUCACGGAACCACGUGGGGGCCACAAUACCCAACUGCGUUUCGUUGAGACCG